UGGCGUUCCUACCCCGCUGCGCCGAGCAUAGGCAGCGGCGCCUGCACGUCAUCUCAGCGGCCGGUGCUCGGCGGGGCGUGGCAGCAUCAGGGAAGUGCUCGCUUGCCCAAAUACUCCAGCAAGCCGAGGCGUGGCGGUGUUCGGUUCGGCCCACAACAACAAGCAGUAGGCAGCUGGCAGCAGGGAGGGCUCAGUUGUGUGGUAGUGUGGCCUUGACUGACGGGUAGUUGUGUGCUGUGCUUCUUCUACCAUCUCUCCACGUCUCCCAGCCCUCAGAACACACCACCAUGGCCGCGAUAUACCGGGCAAUGAUCAGGAGAGCAGACAAGUUGGUGCCAGCCAAGUUCCAGCCGUUCUGGAAUCACCCGGCAGGCCCAAAGACUGUCUUCUUCUGGGCACCAUCCUUUAAGUGGGGACUGGUGAUUGCUGGUCUGGGGGAUCUGGCUCGGCCGGCUGAGAAAUUGUCAGCCUCCCAGUCAACUGCUCUGGCUGCCACUGGCACCAUCUGGUCAAGGUACUCCCUAGUGAUCAUCCCCAAGAACUGGUAUCUUUUUAGUGUCAACGUGUUUGUGGCAGGAACUGGGAUCUAUCAGAUGUGCCGCAUUGCUCACUAUGAGUGGUCCAAAGGAAGGCCAAGAAUGAAUUAUAAGCAACAACAAUAUCUGGUGCUUGGAGAAUCUGCACAAGUUGGCCAAGGUAGUGUACUGACAAGGGCAGACAGUAAUUAAUCUGCUACAUGUCAGGCAAACUCAAGUUGACAAUGACAAUACCGUAGAAAUAAUUGUUUUACAUACUUGUUUGUUUUACAUGUACAUUCUCAUCAAAUUGUUGUUCUAUGAACAAGUAUAUAUUUUAAUAAAGGGGUAUCACUAGA